AGUACAAAACAGGCUGCUCACUCCUCCUGCCUCACUCUCACUUUCUGGCAGCUUUACGCACGGACGCACCAGAGAGCUCUUCUUCUUCUUCUUCUUUCACGGCUCAGUUUGGAUAAUUCAAACAAAAACCAUGGCAAUCAUGAUCAAAAAUGAAGUUUUCUCCUGUUUUGUUUUCUACGGCGUGCUUCUGGUGAUCAAAAUGUACAUCAUAGCGAUAAUAACGGGACAAGUGAGGCUGCGCAAAAAGGCUUUUGCCAACCCCGAGGACUCGCUGAGACAUGGAGGUUUACAGUUUCACAGAGAGGAUCUAUAUGUGGAAAGAUGCCGGAGAGCUCAUAUUAACGACAUUGAGAACAUCCUUCCCUUCCUCUUCCUGGGUGCUAUCUACUCCAUGACUGGACCCUCGCUGGCUGUGGCCCGCCUUCACUUCCUGGUCUUCUUCAUGGGUCGUGUGCUGCACAGCGUUGCCUACCUGUGUGCCCUGCAAGCGCCGACCCGCUCUGUGGCCUACGUCGUCGCACAGAUACCUUCUAUCUCUAUGGCUGUGCAGAUCCUGAUGGCAGUCGCAGCGUAUGCCUAAAUAUCCAGAAACGAGGAACUGAACUAAAGGUGCUGUUCUGGCUGGAAAGAUGUCGACCUUUGACCUGUGUCAGAAAAAGCAGCAGGAGGAGGAAACACAGAGAGGCCUCCAAGGAGGGAGAACAUAAAAGACAAGAAUGUCAGUGAGAGUGCAAUAUAAGGUGUGGGACACCACAGCUGGUUUUGUGAGAUUUUUGUCAGUAUUUUAUUUACAACGUUGAAAUGUGAGAAUGCCUUUAAAGUUAUUUGAAGUUGACAUCCUGUACUGUACUAUUUAAAAUACAAAUUAAGUUAAUUAUUGUCUUGUUAAAACGACCUGUCGGAAUUUAGAACUCACUGACAGACAGCUAUAGACAUGUAGGUUAAGCCACGUUGGAAGAAUUUCUAGCACUCUAUGUUCCUACCUGCCCCCCUUUUGUGUUUACACACCACCAUUCAUGUGGCGUUGUGUCUACCGUGGCUUCAUCUGUUUCCUGUGUGGAUAUUCCAUCUGUUGAGUUAACAUUUGUUUGCGUACUAUGUUCAGCAAAAGCAUAAUGGAUCCUGACAUGGUGACUCAUAGUACCACUCAGUGAAACACAGUUUGAUUACUGUUUGAGCGAAACUGUCUCUCAAGUUAAGUCAAUUUUAAGGAAGAAGAAAAGAGUUUGGACUGAGAAUAAAUCUUGCAACCUGAAGAGAAAGCAAAUGACAAAAGAAUUUUAUCUGUGAAAACAUAUUUCAAUGCUAUUUUUUAUUGUCUUAAUAAUUUAUUAUUCAAUUUAAUGUAUAGUUAUUUUUUCUAACCCCUAGAUGCAUUUUUGUUGACAAUAAAACAAUUUGCAUAUGCAACCAA